GAUGACCUGUGCACAGAGACGCGUCACCCAUUCACCGCAGUUCAAUUGAUCACUACAAUGUCCUUCAAGUCUGUGACUCGUUCACUCCUACGAACAAGCCAGCAAAAGCCUUUCACUAUCCAUGUUUCACGUCAAGCAGUCCGUAUUUCUCCUCGUCAAAAAGCAAUUUCCAAAUUCAAGCCUCUCACUGUCGGCUUCGGUCUUUUACUGGGUGCUUCAUUCAUCUGGGGGCCUACCAUUCGCCUUGACACGGUCGUGCAGAAUGCAUUUACGAGGGGAGAUAAUGCUGGUACCCUAGAUGAACAGGAAAACAUCGUUGACCCAGCGACUGGCAUCGAAUUUCCGAAAACCUUGCGUGUCACAGCUAAAGUCAACAUUCCUUUGCUGACUUGCGUUGGGGUCGGUGUUCGGACGGUUUCGUUUCUAGGUAUCCAAGUCUAUUCCAUUGGUUUCUAUGCCGAUCUGAACAAUCCAAACCUGAAGCUAGAACCGAAUAUGACCGCAGAACAGAAGAUAGACCAUAUCGUUCGGACUACUACAUGUGUUCUCAGGAUUGUUCCCACGAGGUCUACGUCCUACUCCCAUCUUCGAGAUGCGUUCAUGCGCGCCAUGCAGUCGAAACUCAGUUCUGGUGGAAAGUCGGGCACUAUCUCGGACGACGAUGCAGCAGAAAUUGCCUCGCCGUUGCGAAAGCUAAAGACUUUGUUUCCCAAUACCGCUUUGAGCAAACAUACCCCGUUCGAUAUAUUCCUGUCGGAGCCCGCUCCGGGGAAACAUCGUGCACUCGUAUUCCGUGAUUUGGGAUCCAUCGAACAUGAUUGGGUGGCCACUGAGUUCGUGUUACAUUACUUCGAGGGUGAUGGCCCUAGCCCCCCUAUGAAAAAAGCCGUGGUAGACCGAAUCCAGUCGUUAUAUGAAAGAUAAGUUGGAAAUUACAUAUGACAUAACACGAUCAUUUCAAUUACUUAUAUCUUUCCAACGUGACCCAAUCUUCUCUACUUACUCCGAGAUUACACCCUUCUUUACCACCUUCACUAUCUGAUACAACCCCGAUAUGAAAGAAUAUCAGUACUUGAGCCGUAGGUGUUCCCUCUCCACAUCCUUUGAACACUUUGCUUGAUAUUCGUAGAGGAGCAAGUCGACCAGUUCCUC